AGAAUGAUAAAACCUCCCCAAAAAGGAGGAUAGAUGAAAAUGGUAAGAAGAGGAACAGCAAGUCAUCAUUUAGUGAUGAAGACAAAGAAGGUGCAAUGAAACAGGCUCUGCUAGAACAGCGCUAUCUUGAAAACUACAAGAAUCUAUACAGGCUGAGAAAUGCCUUGUAUGUGCGUUACAGGGAUUUAUUGAAUAAGAAAGUUCAAAAGCAGCGAAUUCAGAUCCAAAUGUCUGAUCUCCGCUUCAAGCAAAAUCUUGAACAGCAAGGAAAAAGAAAGGGUAUCCCUGAACAUCAAGUGCCCUACUGCAAAUUGUCUCACGAUGCUAAGUACCUCAAGUCUAUUCCACAGUCCAGUAAUUACCUGAUUAUAGGAUUGCAGAAUGAGUUAACAAGACAUGGAAUCUUAAAGAACCAGCAAGAUUAUGAAGACUUCUGGACACUGAUCCUAGAGGGCACUCACAGUUCACAGCUCAAAGAAAAACUUCAGGAUAUAAAAUUAAAAAUGCUUGCUGCUAAGUCUUUCCCUUCACAUCCUGUUGUGAGAACUGGUGCAGCACAAUCAGCCAAUGUUCUUCUGACCAACAGAUGUGGGCAACUGAAAACUAGCUCAGCUUCUCUACCAAGAUCGGUGUUCUGCCAACCUCCAACUCCUCAUCCAAGUAAAUACACAAAGGACCAAAAAGAAACUGAGCAAAUAUUUCCUAAGCUGUUGCUUUCUUGGCUUUCUGAAUUGCAGAAAAGGCCUGAAGAACAAUCCAGAACUCAGGAAUUGAACAAACUUUGUAAAAGGACUAAGAAGAAUUUCCACUAUGAACGCCAUCUGAUUUACUUGCAUCAUAUGUAUCAUGUUGGCCUUCUUAAUAUGACAUCAUCCAAGAGACUGCUGGAGAAAAACGGCCAGUUUGCAGUUGCUGAAAACGAGCACAAUGUUCAUGAUCUGAUGAAAUACUUGUUUCCAAGUCAUCGUAAACAACCUGAAAAUAGCUCCACUGAAAGAGGGACAGAGGAAAGUACAUUUCCCAUUUUGCUGGAUAGGAAACAGCAGGAGCAAUGUCACAGGGGCUUCUCUAAAACAUGCUUAGUUUAUAAAGAAAUGAAAAACAAUUCAAAGGAGAAACAAUAUGAAAAUGAAGGCGCUGUUGAAAGUUUGGGGGAUCAGAAAUGCAGAAACAAUGCCUUUGUACCACGUAAAAUGAUCACUCUGCCUCUUUCCAUGGAAGAUGUAGUUCUGAACAAUCCAGUUGUGGAAGCUAAAUCAACAGUUACUUACUGGACAAACUAUGUGGACAAAGAAUCCAUUUUCUAAAGUGGAAAAGGACCACUGAAGAUACAGAAAGAACAGCAAUGAACUUGCAGCUUUAUACUGCAACUUCCACACUUCAUCUAUAUUAUGAAAGCAAAUGAAUUUAACAGCUUUCUUUGGCCAAAAAUCUCAUUGUCUACAAUGUAAAUAUUACAGACUUGAAUUACAGCAGGAUUUGGCCCUAAAUCCAUAUUACUAUGGAAUGGAUCAAAAUAGAUGGUAAAUGUUUUGUGAAAAUAGCUAAUGUGUUGUGCACUUGUGCUAGGGUCCUAAUCUUUUAACUGAUCUGCAAUAUUAAUAGUUAGAACAAACCUCAGUGAACUACUUGAUACUUUUGUAGUUACAGGUUAUACUGAUUUGAUGAAAUCACUACAUUCUUGUUGUGAGUUUUUAAAAGCUGAAUAAUAAAAUGAAAGCAAAAUGAUUUUAAAAAGGUAAGUUUGUUUUAAAAUCAGUGACUUGUAGGUGAGAUCUGUAUGCCUUCAAUGAAGUGAAAGCUGACUGCUUAUGGGCAUUUGGUCAGAAAUGCACUUAAAACUCAGUUCUUGAAACUAAAGGGUGCAUCUAGACUGGCAUGAUUUUGCGCAAAAGCAACUGCUUUUGCGCAAAAUCUUGCCACCUGUCUACACUGGCUGCGACUAUUUGCACAAGGACACUGACUAGUGUACAAAAUCAGUGGUUCUUGCGCAAAUACUCAGACGCUCCCGCUCAGGGAUAAGCCCUCUUGUGCAAGAAUACAGUGUAGACAGCCAUGUUAAUUUCUUGCAAAAGAAAGCCUGGUGGCUAAAAUGGCCAUCGGAGCUUUCUUGCACAAGACAGCGUCUACAUGGGCAUGGACGCUUUUGCACAAAAGCAAAUCUUUUGCGCAAAGGCACAUGCCAGUCUAGAGGCUCUCACGCAAAUACUUUUAAUGGAAAAACUUUUCCGUUAAAAGCACUUGCGCAAAAUUAUGCCAGUCUAGACGCUGCCAAAGUGUUCCAAAUACAAGUGAUGGCACAUAUACAUCUAUACUGCAAGCUUCUAAGCACUCACUAUAAAAUUAAAUGUGCUCCCUUUCAGCUACUUUCUAAUGGAUGCAACAAACUUAUUUUGUUGUGCUAUGGGAAACUUUGCACUUCACAUUCAAGUGGGUUCAGCCAUUUUGCCAAUCAAACAUAACUGACUCCUACAGCAAAAGGCACUGAGCAUUGUAAGGGGAGAAACCAGCUACACAGGAGAGCAGCACAAAUGAAGGUUCUCAGCUGAAAACACAAGCAACCCAGGGCUCCUAGCUGUACCACAGACCUCCUUGUACUACCUGAGCAUCUGCUACAGUUCUGGUACCAGGAGCUCUUCCUGGCACCUGAGCUCCCUGCCAUGGACUUCCAGAGCUCCCCACCCCACCUAAGCCCUUGCCAUGAGCUCCUGGAUACACCAACAGAAGUCCCCAACUUGUCUGACCCAAGGCUCCUAGGCCACCCCUGGCCUAGGAACAGUGUUAGUCCACAAAGACCAUGGAUAUUACUGGACCAGAGAGUCCUGGUUUAGGGAGGAACAACCUGUAUCUCAAACUCCCUGGACCGAACUGGCCCAUUUCCAUGAACUUUCUGCCUGGACAGAUACCAAAUACAUAGCUUUACAAUAUUAGAUGAACGGAGUUGAUACUACAUAUUAUACAGAGAGAGAAUCAUUAUACACCUAGGUAAGUAAAUAUUCAGAGAGAAUAUACUAAUAUUUUCAGCAGGUUGUGUUCUGUCAAGUCUUAUGGACAAGUAAUCUCCACAGGUAUCAAGCAUUCCCACCGUUGUAGUAAACUGUCAUUGUAAGUUUUAUUUUGAAAAAAUGAGUUUCUCUAGUUAUUUUAAUACAAAAAAGUCAAUUAUGUAAACAAAAACGUAGUGAGACAUCAAGACAAGAGUUACAACAUAAAACAGGUAAGACACUUUUUGAAAUGUGAGGUUGCAAGGAGUCCCACUACUUUAAGCUGUGUUCAUUGAAGUUACUUCAAGUCCAGUAUAUAUAUAUAUA